CACUUUCUAACGUUACACUGACGGAGUCCUGCGGUGCGCACAAAGAUGAGCUUCACACUGAUUCUGGCUUUAAUCUGCACCUUCAGUUGGGUGUCUGUGUCUGUGUCAGAGUUUCACACCGUGGAGGUCCAGCCUGGUGAAGAGGUCACACUGCUGUGCUCCAAUCUGAGCACUUUUAUUACUCACAUAUACUGGUUCAAACUGGCCGACAGAGUAAAUGCUAGUUGCAUCUCAUCUAUGACCAGUUCUGACUCCAAUGUUUCACUUUGUGCUGGAUAUAAACAUGGUCAAUUCAAAAUGACCUCCAACACCACAAACCUUUUUCUGAACAUCAAACAAGUGGAUUUAUCCGACUCUGGACUCUAUUUCUGUGGAUACAAAAAAGAUGGACACUCAGUCAUUUUCAGUGCGACACAUUUACAGGUUCAAGAUGCGUGUAAUGGGUUAACAAAUCAACUGAUCAUCAUUCUGGGAGGUGGACUGAUUUUCCUGGUCAUAGUCAUCAUCUGUCUGGUUGUCAGAAUCAGGACAUUUCAUGCA